UACCGAAGGAGGCGCCAUCAUCAAGGCUGCGUUCGAAAACCUAACCUGUGUGCAUAUGAGUGUCGUUCUAUCUUUGUUCAACUUUUGGUAAAUAACAAAGAUAGAAAGACGCUCUUGUGCACACGGGUGAUGUUUCCGAACACAGCCCAACGAGCCCAGUUUAUGAGGUUACUGUCAUCGGUGAUCGGUGAUCGGUGUCGCGGACAUAGGAUCUCGUUACGAUCUGUCACCGUCGUCGCCGCAUCCUCCUCGAUCGGCGAUGAUGGCGUCGUUGCUGUUGCAUCGCCGCGUAUGAUUUAUAGGGCUCGUGGGCCCUCUCGAGGAGCUCGAGACUCCUGCCUUCAGGAUUAAAAGCCGAACCGGAGUUUUGUAUAUCUGAAGAUGUUGGAAGUUGGUUUGCGUGUCGUCCGCGGUCAAGAUUGGAAAUGGGAUGAUCAGGAUGGCGGCGAAGGUCAUGCCGGAACGGUAGUGGAGAUCGGGAAGCCACCCUCCAUGGUAGGGAGCUCGGCCUCCAGUCCGAAUCCCACCGAUCGGACGCCGGAUAAGACGGUCAUCGUUCAGUGGGACCACGGCGCCAGGAGUAAUUACAGAAUCGGUUACCAGGGCGCUUACGAUCUGUUGAUGUUCGAUAACGCGGCCGCCGGCGUCAAGCAUUCCAACAUUAUCUGCGAUGGUUGCAAGAGACACGGGAUAAUUGGCAUCAGGUGGAAGUGUUCCCAGUGCUUUGAUUAUGAUCUCUGCACUCAAUGCUACAUGGCCGAUGUGCACGAGUUGACUCAUACAUUUCAGAGAUUUCAAACAGCCAAUUCAGUGGGGAUCCAACUAGAGCCGAGAGAAGGAUGCACCAAGAUAUCUUUAAAAGGAAUCUUUAUAGGAGCAAAAGUCAUUCGCGGACCGGAUUGGGAGUGGGGAGAUCAGGAUGGCGGUCGUGGAAAGACUGGCAGAGUCAUGGAUAUACGCGGAUGGGAUAAUGAGAGCAGUCGCUCUGUCGCGACCGUCACAUGGUCCACGGGUAGUACCAAUGUGUAUCGAUUAGGUUACAAAGGUUGCGUGGAUUUGUGUUACGUGGAGGAGGCUACUGCUGGUACCUAUUACAAGGAGCAUCUUCCGCUACUCGGCCAAUCGGUCUUGACUAUACCGGAUAACGGAAAUAGCUCGACACCGACAAAAAGUGGUGUCUCCAGCAUCUCAUCUAGUUCACACCAUGUAACGUUUAAUGUCGGUGACAAAGUGAAAGUACUAAUUGAGGUCGAUAUACUAAAGGAAAUGCAAGACGGUCAUGGUGGUUGGAAUCCGCGCAUGGCCGAAUACAUAGGAAAGAUCGGCACGGUGCACCGAAUUACAGACAAGGGAGACAUUCGCGUGCAAUACGAAGGUUGCAACAAUAGGUGGACCUUCCAUCCGGGCGCUUUAACAAAAGUCACCGCUAAGGGUGCGUUCUCCCUCGGUGACAUAGUGCGUGUAAAGAGUGAUUUAGCCGCCGUCAAACAGUAUCAAGUUGGUCACGGUGAAUGGACAGAUAUCAUGAAAAAUGCCCUAGGAAAGACCGGGAAGAUAAUCAAAAUAUACCCGGAUGGUGACUUACGCGUGGCACUAGACGGUCCUACGUGGACAUUUAAUCCGCUAAGUGUCGUUCCUGUAUCUUCGUGCACGAAUGUUAUGACUGCCGCACACGAUAACGCAAAUAGAUUUAAAGAUCGUUCAGUCGAGGGUACCGAUAGCGAAGUGGAGAAACUGUUGAGAGACGCGGCUAGGGGUGAGGCCGGCGUGGCCUCAGUGCGAGAGUUCCUUAAAAAGUACCCUGGCAAAGUGGACGCGCGCGCUCCCGGCGGUGGCAGGAAAACGUGUCUGCAAGUGGCCGCGCAUCAGGGUCAGCGCGAGCUCUGCAAUCUUCUUCUGGACGCCGGCGCCUCUCUGCGUGCGGUUGACGAGGACGGUGAUACGCCCUUACAUUAUGCAGCAUUCGGUAAUCAGCCGGAGAUAAUGGAACUGCUGUUAUCACGAGGCGCGGCUAUCAACGCCGUCAACAACGGUAGAUGCAGCGCUUUGCAUGUAGCGGUUAACAAACAACACGCGCAAUGCGUGAGAGUGCUGCUGCGUCAUCAUUGCGAUGUCAAUCUGCAGGACUCGUACGCUGACACGGCGUUGCACGAUGCAAUCGGGAAGGAUGCCCUAGACGUGAUCGACGUGUUAUGCGCUUGUGAAAGAAUAGACUUCACUCUUCGAAACAAACGGGGCUUCAAUGUUCUACAUCAUGCCGCGCUCAAGGGCAACGCUCACGCAACGGAGAGGCUAGUCACUCGCGCACGUCACUUGGUGGAUACGAAGAAGGAGGACGGAUUCGCAGCGUUGCAUUUGGCGGCGUUGAACGGACAUAGAGAGGUUGUGGCCAUCCUUCUCUCGCAGAACGGCGGCCGCGCUAAGGUCGAUCUACGCAACAAACGACGACAAACCCCGUUGCACUUGGCGACCUCCCAGGGACACUGGUCAAUUGUCGAACUGCUGGUGCAUGCUGGUGCGGACAUCGGCAGCGCGGACGAGGAUGGUGACACCGUGCUGCACAUUGCGAUAGCAAAGAGCCCGAAUCAACAAACUGCCGUGCUCACGCCUGAGAGUAGCCGAGAUUCGCCGCUCAUAUAUGCGAUCUGGCAGAGUCUGGCGAGGCAAAGCACAAAGACUGAAUUAGCACUAGCUUGUUUUCUGGUAAGCGUGGACAGAAGCUGCAAACUCCUCGAACAGAUCAGAAACAACAAGGACAAGACGCCGCUUGAUCUUUUGGAGGGCAAUCCGCAAACCGCUCUGCUCGUCGAUCUUUUACGAUCUUACAAAUACCAAAGUCAUAGCACGCAAUUAGAAAUAGAGAAUAAUCCACCGAGUAAUUACGUAGAACCAUCUACGUAUCGGAUAGUUAAUACAUCACAAUUGGAAGGAUUGCGUGGCGCGAGAAAAAGUAUAUCCGGUUCCGGCGACGCUGCGGAAUGUCAGGAUUGCUCAGGUACCGUAACGGGCAUAAAGCAAGAGAACCGACUCGAUCCUAGCAGUAGCGUUACACUUGGUUGUGCACGUUGCGGUCAUACCAUUGUCAAAACGCAAACGAUUCAAGAUGGUCAGCUGGCAACAGGUGAAGUUUCAAUAGCUAAUUCGGAAGGGAAAUCGAAAGACGUGUCGUCGGAAGAGAAACGGAAGGAAGAGAUCAGCGACAGGGAAAGGGAAAAGGAAAAGGAUAAAGACUUAGAGCGAUUACGUUAUCUGGAAACUAGAGUCGCAGAUCUCGAGGAGGCAAACAUGUGCAGCAUCUGUAUGGAACGUCGUCGUAAUGUCGCUUUCCUUUGCGGUCACGGUGCCUGCGAACACUGCGCCGCUCCGUUGAAGACCUGUCACAUGUGUCGCAAGACGAUCACAAAGAAGAUUAAUCUGUAUUAAAUAAGUUCAACGACCAAACAUUUAUAUACCGAAGAAUAACAACGUUUGAUUUAUCGAGCGGUAUACAAUGUGUGUUUCGAGAGAAAGCAUCGAUACUUGGAACGGUAGUAUUGUAAUAAUAAUUAUCGUGAAUAAGAUGGUUGUGAUAAACGUAUAUUCGGCUUUAAACUAUUUGGCCGCUACGCAACUUGAAGAAGGAGAUAUUCGGAAAAGAAGGUAGUCACAGAAAUCUUUUUACUUACUGCAGGGUAUCUACUCCCUGAAAAAUAUGGAAAAUCUGGAGUUCUCAGGGAUUUCUUUUGUACCGGAGAAAUCAAGCAAUUCUCAUGGAAUUUUAUUGGGAUUCGGGGAAUUUUUUCUUAAAUUCUCUUUCAUAAUUUUGCUCCUAUGUUACAAGCAGUCUGCAAGUCCAAGUGAAUUAUGUGUUUAAAAUAUAUUAUAAAUAUGUGUAUAUAUAUAAUAAUUUUAAUAAUAUAUUUAAUAUAUGCAGUACAUAUUCUUAUCGUAAU